AUGGAUGAGCAAUUUGGGAAAUUCAUUAAGAUGCUUAAGCAACUUCAUCUUUCCCUUCCCUUCACCGAUGUUAUUCACCAAAUGCCAAACUAUGCUGGGUUUCUCAAGAACAUUUUGAGCGGGAGAAGGACUUGUGAUGUGGUUGGAACGGUGAACCUCACCGAGAAUUGUAGUGCAAUUAUCAUGAAUAAAAUGCCACCUAAUUUGAAAGAUCCGGGGAACUUUUCUAUCCCUUGUGUCAUUCGUAAGAUGCAAAUUGAUAAAGUCUUGUGUGAUUUAGGAGCUAAUGUUAGCCUUAUGCCAUAUUCGGUUUAUCAAAGACUUGAGAUAGGGGAACUUUUACCUACCAACAUUACCUUACAAUUGGUUGAUCGUUCAAUUAAGUUUCCAAAGGGUAAGGUGGAGAUGUUCCUUUAA